GUGAUCAGUUGUAAUAAAUCACCACAUCAUAUAUCAAAUUAAAUCAUGUAAAGCGCGAGAUUUCACCGUUUCGGGUGUUCACAUUUGCGACAGUGCACAAUUUACGGCAAACACCGUUUCCACAAAACGUUCGCAUUUCUAGACGAUUGGCAUGUACCUUAGUGGAUUUGAACGUAGUCGUAAUAUGAAAAGUACCUCCACGCCAGUAAAGCUGUCCGUUUUUGUUUUAACUGGGACACUUCGUCGUUUGCUUAAGAUAGCUAUAGCUAGUUAGCGGCUAAACUCUCCAGUACUACACAAAAUCUCCGGGGAAUACUUGUCGUCGCCAGCCUGUGCAACAUUUCUCCAAACAUAGAGUGACUCUGUGACCUGUGCAGAGGUCUCGUUGCCAAGAUGGGAGAACGAAAAGGAACAAACAAGUACUAUCCGCCGGACUUCGAUCCGGCUAAGCAUGGCUCUCUCAAUGGCUACCACAAAACACACGCCCUGCGAGAGCGGGCCCGGAAGCUGUCCCAAGGCAUCCUCAUCAUCAGGUUUGAAAUGCCGUACAACAUUUGGUGUGACGGCUGCAAGAACCACAUUGGCAUGGGCGUCCGGUACAAUGCGGAGAAGAAGAAAGUGGGCAACUAUUUCACCACGCCAAUAUACAGGUUCCGUAUGAAAUGCCACCUGUGCGUCAACCACAUCGAGAUGCAGACGGAUCCGGCCGCCUGCGACUACGUCAUCGUCAGCGGCGCCAGCAGGAAGGAGGAGCGAUGGGACAUGGCCGAAAAUGAGCAGAUACUCACCACCGAGCGAGAAGAGAAGGAGAAGCUGGAGACCGACGCCAUGUUCAAGCUGGACCACGGCGGGAAGGACAAGGAGAAGCUCAACAAGGCUCUGCCUUCACUCGUGGAGCUGCAGGACCACCAGGCCGCAUGGAAGGACGAUUUUCAGCUCAACAGCGCCUUGCGCAGGAAGUUCAGGAUUGAAAAGAAGGAGAAGGUGGAGAAGGAGGAGAAGGAUAACGCGGUGAGGGCGAGGACCAACCUGAGCAUUCCGCUGCUGCCCGAACGCGAGCAGGACAAGAGGCUUGCCGCGCUGCUCAGCUACCAGACGCCACACUCAUACGAGGACAGGCAACGCAGCAAACGGCAAGAGAUCUCCUCACGCUCCUGGUUUGGCGCCGCCUCCACCGCAACCACCCCCGGGGGGCUGCUCCACAAGCUGGGCCUGCAGGGCAAAGAGGCGGCCGUGGCCAAAGCGCUGGGCCCCUCGCCGACCCCCCUCAUCCGCAGGAAGUCGGACACGCAGGAGUCGGCGCCGGAAGUCGGAACUAUGGAGCGGGACGCGAGUUCCAGCUCCCUGGUGCCCAACUACAGCGACUCGGACUCGGACCACGGCAAGUGAACCGCGUUGACUUAUUUCGGGACGCCUUUCCGACAGGCUGCGGGAAUUCCCCAGCGUUCCCUUGGUGGUGACGCCUCAGUGCAAACAGGACGGCCUGAUAACUUUUGCUCCCAUUGCCUUUUAAUGGGGGGGGGGGGGACUUCCAGGAAGCUGAAAUGGACCACCGUGUACUAUUUUAAAAAAAAAAAAACUUACAGGAAAUGACAAAUUGAGUGUAGUUGGCAUUGGAUGCGGUGUAUCUAAUUGAGUGUCCGCCAUGUAAAAUAAAGGUCAGAAAAUUAUUUGCCACGUGACAGUCUUCGGUGUCUUUAGUUCCAUAACCCGAUGAAAGAUUUGAGUAAAAUAUGCAAUUUUACAUCUUAAUAUAUUGAGUUGCAAAAAUAUAUGGCUAAGUGACCCUCUUAUAAUUUUAUCAACAAAGAAAAUACAGUCAAACCUCGGUUUUCGAACGUCUCGGUUCUCAACCGAUUCGGUUUUCAACCAAAAAGUUCAAUUUUUUUAUGCCUCGGAUGACGAACACAUUUCGAUUCUCAAACAAACUGAGCGCACUUGAAUGUACCAUUUGACUCCUCUCGCCUUCCUUACACGAGGAAGCAUCACUUCCGUAGUGAGCAGACGUUUUCAGUAAACUUUUUUAUUUAAAAAAAGAGCGUGGUUUAGGUUUUGGAACCAUUUUGGUUUUCCAGCAGACUUCUGGAACGGAUUAUGGACAAAAACCGAGGUUUGACUGUACCUGAAAAAUGUGAGUAAGCUGGGAAUCAACUUAAAAAAAAAUAUGAAAUAAGCAAGGUUUUCUGAGAAAA